GCAGCUUCCCAACCAUGUCUCUCCAUUGAUCUGAGCAAAUCUUCCCGCCCCACUUUCCUUGCCAUGCCAGUGCCCACACUCCCAGCAGCCUAUAAAAGCCGGGAUGCAGGCUGAGGCUCUCAACCAGAUCUGCCGGCAGGAAUCUGGGAGCCACACAGCCAGCCAGACGGACCGACCGACCGCCGCCAAGCGCCGAGCGUGGAGAAGCCCAGAUGUACCGCUCCACCAAGGGCGCCUCCAAGGCGCGGCGGGACCAGAUCAACGCCGAGAUCCGCAAUCUCAAGGAGCUGCUGCCCAUCCCGGAAGGGGACAAAGUCCGGCUCUCCUACCUGCACAUCAUGUCGCUGGCGUGUAUCUACACCCGCAAGUCCAUCUUCUUCGCCAAAGGUGCCCUGGGAGGGCUGGAGAGCCUGCUGUCAGCCCAGGACCUGGAAGAGUUCGUGCAGACGCUCCCGGGCUUCCUCCUGGCGUUCACCGGCGAAGGGAAGCUGAUCUACGUCUCGGAGAACGUAGCCGAGCACCUGGGACAUUCGAUGGUGGACCUGGUAGCCCAAGGAGACAGUAUUUAUGACAUCAUUGAUCCCACCGACCACUUUGUGAUGAGGAAUCAGCUGGCGCUGCCCUCCCCGACUGAUACAGACCGAUUGUUCCGGUGCCAUUUCAACACCUCCAAAACCGUGCGGCGCCAGAGCACGGGGAACAAGCUGGUGCUAAUCCGAGGCCGCUUCCACCAGCCACCACCCGGCUCCUACUGGUCCACCAACCCCGUCUUCAUGGCCUUCUGCACCCCGCUAGAGCCCAAGCCACGGCUCAGCCACAAUUCACUCUUCCUGGCGUCCUUCGAGAGCCGGCACACCAAGGACCUGGCCAUCCUGGAUAUCUCAGAGAGUGUUAUCUUCCAUCUGGGCUUUGAGAAGAGUGAGCUCCUAUGCCGGUCAUGGUACAGCCUGAUGCACCCAGAGGACUUGAGCCACGCCUCAGCCCAGCAUUGCCACCUGUUGGGCGAUGCUGGUGAGCCCCAGGUGGAAAUGGUCGUCCGACUCCAGACCAAGAAUGGUGUCAGCUGGGUUUGGAUCUACUCCCUGGCACGCAUGGAGAGUGCUGAGAUCCCCAUCACCUGCCACAACUACAUCAUUAGUGACUCGGAAGCCUGGUGCUUGCGUCAGCAGCUGGCCUCGGAGGAGCCGCAGGUGGCCUACGUGCUAAGUGCCGCGCCGGCCUACUCUGAGGGGCUGCUGUCCCCGGCGCAGCUCUCCAGCCCCGACCAGGUCUUCACGCCCCUGUCCGGCACACCCACCGGUGCCGCCCCAGUGCCCUCCUUUGAUUUCGCCAGCCUGGAGUAUGCAGAGGGCACCAGCCUGAGCCACGAGGGACCAUCGAUGGCCAUGGAGCUGGGCAAUCUCUCCUCCAUGGAGGAGGCCCCCAGCGCCACCCAGGGCCAGCCAGGCAAAGACACUGAGUUCAGCUACGUGUUCUUCCCCACUGCCUACGAGCCAGCCUUCCGGAGGGACAACCCAGGUGGCUCUUCCAAGGACUUUGUCUGCACGCCUCCCUACACGCCCCACCAGGGCUGCACCUUCAUGUUCGGGACCCAGGAGUCCUACCCUCCCACCACAGCCACCUCUCCUCCCACCACCACUUCCUCCGAGCUCCUCUACCCUCCGGAGAACUGCAGUGCUCUCUAUGAGAAGUUGCCGCCCACUCCUGACAGCCCCGGUAAUGGGGAUUGCACCGUCAUGACGCUGCCGGAGGUCAGAGCCCCCCUCUAUAUUGAUGUGCCCAUGGUGCCCGAGGGGGUGCUCACCCCGGAGGCCUCACCUAUCAAACAAACCUUCUUCAGAUAUUCUGAAAAAGAAAAGACUGAGAUUGACCUGCUGGCCAGGCACAUCAGCAGCUUGGCUGAAGACUUCAGCUCCUUCCACUCCACGGAGCUCUCCCUCCAGGCAAAGCAAGGCCAGGUCAGCCGCAGCUCCUCUUUGCCGGCCAGCAUGCCCAGCCCCUGCCUGGACUUCCAGCCUCUCAAGAGCUGGAGGAGCAUUGACUUCUCCUUCCUCUCCUGCCCCGAGGAGAGCCUCCUGGAAGAGGACACCAUGGAGAACCUUCUCCAGGACCUGUCCACCUCUCUGUUCGAGAAGAGUGGCGCCGGUGUCCGGUGCCCCCUCCACCACCACUUCUGUGGUGGGAACGUCAGUAGUCCACUAAGCUUGGACGCCGAAGAGAGCGGCAGUGGGACCUUGGCUCCCUCGCCCUCCACGGACCUGUCUCCAGAAGAGCAGUGCUUUCUGGAAGAACUGGCCUCCUAUGAAACAGUCUUUGAGACAUGUGCCUCAAGGUCGCCCUGUGAUGGGUUAGAUGAGUUGUAUCAACUCCAGAGCCACCUGCAAGACAGCUUCCAUGAAGAUGGAAGCGAAAGUGACCCUUCGUUCUGAAAUAAGUCUGUGACUUACUUCACCAAGUAUGGCAUAUUGUCAUAUUUUGAGGAGCUUCUUCCACCUAUACUCGAGCUGAGACCUGACUCCGUGCACAUCCGGAGGGGGCGCCAGGCUGGGCAUCCCUGGGGUGAGCUUUGGGUGAAGAACUAGCAUUUUUAUAACCCCCCCCCAAAAAAAAGACCACCAUCGUGCUGUCGAAGCUAGAGUUGCCAACCAGAGCUCUUGAAAGGACCAUUGUACGUGGCUUUACACAUAGAACUGUAUUCACUCGUAGUGAGUAUAUGUAUGUAAUUUAAUAAGAAAUACUACGGUCGCCUCUCCCCAAGGCCUGCCCCCCACGUGCAUUCAACCCAGUGUUGGAACAAGGCACGGGGGGGCCUGGCUUUGGCCUCCCCACCCCCUGAACCCCUAGAGAAUGGUGGGCGUAGGUGGUAUCUAACCUACCGCAGUAAGGGCCCAUGGCUGUUCAGGCGUUUUUUGGCAAUUGCAUUUCUGUUCCUGACCAAAAAAAAAAAAUCCCUAGAUUCAACUGGCCCAGCUCUGAUUUUUCUCAGAGCUGCCAGGGCAAAAUACAGUGUUUGUGGCUACGUCCAUUUCACCAUGAGGCUUCUGCUGGGAUUCUAGACUGGGCCUGUCAAAGCUGGCUUAAUCACAGUCUCUUGCACAGGGGCAGCUGAACAAUGCAUAAAAGGCAAAUGUUUAAGUGGGGAGGGUGAUUGACAAAUGGCCUGGGGAUGUGAUGGACUCUCCAUCAUGUGGGCUGUAAACCCAGAUUGGGUGACUCUCUCUCUAGCCUGACCACAAAUCACUGGACUCAGUGCUCGGGUAAUGGGGUGAAAUUCUCCAGCCUGUGUUAUCCAUGUCAGACAGGAUCUGGGCCUAAGAAGUCAUUACCCGAAGGGACUGACAUUCCAGCCUCUGGUCCAGUUUUGAGACUCUCAGCGUUGAGUGAAAUCGUUGUUCAGCAGGAGUCAUUUGAAUUGUUGUUUCAUUUUGAAAUGUCACCCAUGAAUGUUAACUCACCCUGGCUGGAAUAAUCCCCUGCAAGCAUUUUCCAGAUCAGAGCUUAACAUUGUCACCAGAGUGAGCUACUCGGAAUGAUUCCUGGCACCAAAACCACCCCUCUCCCCCACCUGGGGCGGGCGGGGCGGGGUGAAAUAUACCAGUGUAGAACAGAAAUGUUUAUAGAUAUAAAUAUAUAGAGAUCUUUAAUUUUUUUAAAAACCACAAGAAUGAUUUUCUAACUUCUCCAGAGUGGGAUCCUGAGUUGGGCGCAGUCUCUGUGCCAUGACAGGGAUAUAUUGUGAGACAUCAGGAUCCAUGGGUCCCCCCCCCUUUUCCUUUCUUUUUGGGGUGUUGAUAAAAAAAAUAAACAAAUGUUAAGAUGUGACGCCCAGAGAGGCGCCAUUGUCGCUAACCGUAGAGUUGUCUACGCUCAAGUAUCAGGAUUGAAUCCUCUAACUCUUUACCAAUUCGCACAUUGCCGAAAUGUGGAGUAUUGUAAGACACAUGUAUAUUUGUAAAGGAAAACGACGGGAUUUCUUUUUUUAAAACAAAAAAGAUCAUUGUGUCCAUCGCUGUACAUAUAUCUCUAUAUUAUAUAUAUGGAUCAUUGUGCACCAGGUCAUGGACAACGUGGAGUCGUUCUUCGGUGUGUGUCGCUGUGAGUGCAUUUGUAAUGCCAAAAUCUUUGUAAUAAAACUGAAAUUAACAAAAGUGAC